GAAACUGCUGUUGGCAGAGGAGACAAGCAUCCUGAAGGUCAGGCUAGAACCUUUUGAGUGGCCGUGGGCUUCUGAAGGGGAGAAAGAACUAUAUGGGGGUGGGGGGCAGGCUGUGGCAGCACCCACAUUUUCUCAGGAGGCCCCAGUCUGUGUUUGGUGCUGGGUGCAGGUGGGGUUGGCGGAGCUGAAUCUGGGGCUUCUGCUUCCCACUGACCUUGGGGAGGGCAAGCCAGGCCGCCAGUCUGGAUGCAAGCCAAAAUUUGUACAUACAAAUUAGAGACAGAACAUACUGGGGCAGGCCCUAGGCCAGAUCAUCCAUCGAAUCCAUCAACAAGUGUGUGUGGGGUGACCAGGAUGGCGGAGUCGUCCCUUCCAUCCCCCACCAGGAGUCCUUCAUAGGCGGUUCUGUGUCUGGGAUGAGACCUGGUGAGUCUCCUUGCCCCUGUGUGUGGUGAGGGGAAGUGUCUGUGGGGAGCCUCUCCAUGAACCCUUUCCUGCAUUCCACUGAGUAAUCAGACUGAAGGAUCUAUUAAGGUCCUGUUUUGUGAAAGGUUCAAGCUGGCAGGGGUUUGAUUGGAGAAACACUGUGGGACCCAUCCUUUUUCAUGCAGCCACCGCCUCUCUGCCAUGCUCUACCUUGGACACUCCCUCAAUUUGUGUUGGAUAAACAAACACACAAAAUGCAUGUUUACAGAUCAGUAUAUGCAACUGAGGAGGUAGGAAGGGAAGGAGCUAAGGCCACAGGGUGGCUUUCUUCCUGAGGACAUGGCCUGAGGUUGAGGAUCCCAGGUCUGACCGAGAGCUGGCACUGAUGAAUUGCAGGAUAGCUUGUGCUGCCUGGCCUAGGGCAGGACCAAGGUGUGCCUGGCACAGAGCUUGAGUUUGGCUCUGUGCCAGGAAGGCCUACCUUCCCCGAGAGCCGGCCAGCAUGGAGCUGACACCUGGAGUAACUGGUUUCUUGUCCAGGGAGGUAUGGGAGCAAAGGUCUGAUGCCCCGGAUAGGGGCUGCCUGGGGGCUUUCUGCACUGGGCUAGCGGCCCUGGAAGCUUCAGCCGUCUUUGACCAAAGGAAUCUAAGAGUCCAGGGUCUCAACAGGCUGGGCCUAGUGGUCCAGCUGCCUGGCAACCUGCAGGCUGGAAACUCCUCGCCUGCAACGUGUUUGUACUGAGCCCUGGAUGCCGUCAGAGGCACAUGGUGACAGCCACCCCCACAGUGACACACAGAGAGGGAGUGACACACUGCUGGGAAGGCAUAUAGACUUCCCAUGACAACUGCCGGAGAGCUGGGGCAAAACAUGCAACAGCAGAACGACAAAGGGACCUGGUGACACACCCACUCACACAGAUCUGGUCACAACUGGGGGCUCAGACAUUUGCCUGAGGAGGAUCACAGAAGUCUGCCUUGGUGAAGUCCAGAUGCACGAUGAAUGGAAUGGGGAAAUUCUGCAUGGGUUGCAUGAGACCAGAACAAGAGUUGACAAACUUUCUGUAAAGGGCCAAAUAGGAGAUAUUUUAGGCUUUGCUGGCCGUAGACUCUUGUCACAGCUACUUCAUUCUGCUGUUGUAGUGUAAAAGUAACCAUAGAUGACAAAUAAAAAAGUGAGCAUGGCUCUGUUCUGAUAAACUUUAUUAACGGACAUGGAAAUUUGAGUUUCAUGCAAUUUUUGUGUGUCAUGAAAUAUGAGUCUUUUAGGUUUUUUCUGACCAUUUAAAAAUGUAAAAACCAUUCUUGGCUCACUGGCUGCACAGAAAUAGGUGACAGGCUGGGUGUGACAUGCUGGAAGGGUUUGCUAACCCCUGGGCUAUAAGGUUAGAGAAGAGAAGUGGUUUAAGAGGUGGAAGGAGGGAGGGCCUUAGUACUGAGAGCCUGAGCUGCCCUAGGGGGCGUUGGAUGCUUCCCUCCACUCUGCUUGGAGCUCAGAGUGCCCGUCUGCAUAAUGGGUCAGUGCCAGGAGAGGCCCCCCGCCUGGCCUGAGCACCCCACCCCAGGCAGCCUCCGCUGUGUCCGUGUCAUAAAUCUCCCACUCUGAGGACACCUCGGCACAACAUUCAUGGGACGACAUCCCAGCGCUGGGACUGAUCAAACAGAUCCUGAGUCCCCUUUCCCCUUCACCCUCUGUGCCCAGGUCUGUGCCCACCUCCACCAGGAGGGAGACUGCAGGGAGAUCUGGACAUGCCCCUUGUUUCCAGACAGGACAUGAAACUGACAGUGAGCAGCACAAGACCUGAAACAGCCCAGGCAGGAGUGAGGGGCUCUCAUCCAGGAGGAGGGAGAGCCCGCAGACACCUUGGGGCUGACCAGCGGCUGCUCUGACUGGGAGGCAAGCAGUCCUGGCCUGAGCCUCCUGCCAGGCUGAGAAGUGUCAUGGCCAGGAUCGUGCAGGCCUCCCUGGCUGCUCUCCUCCUGCUCCCUAUGGCCACCACCAUGCACUCGAGCUGCAUCCUCAAGAAGGAGCAAGCCAUGUGCCUGGAGAAGAUCCAGAGGGCCAAUGAGCUGAUGGGCUGGAAUGACUCCUUCCCAGGCUGCCCCGGGAUGUGGGACAACAUCACCUGUUGGAAGCCUGCCCACGUGGGUGAGAUGGUCUUCGUCAGCUGCCCUGCUGAACUCUUCCGAAUCUUCAAUCCAGACCAAGUCUGGGAGACGGAAACCAUUGGCGACUUUGAUUUCACUGACACUAACUCCUUGGAUCUCUCAGACACGAGGGUCGUGAGCCGGAACUGCACGGAGGAUGGGUGGUCGGAGCCCUUCCCUCAUUAUUUUGAUGCCUGUGGGUUUGAUGAAUAUGAAUCUGAGGCUGGGGACCAGGAUUAUUACUACCUGUCGGUGAAGGCCUUGUACACAGUUGGCUACAGCACGUCCCUCGUCACCCUCACCACCGCCAUGGUCAUCCUGUGUCGCUUCCGGAAGCUGCACUGCACCCGCAACUUCAUCCACAUGAACCUGUUCGUGUCGUUCAUGCUGAGGGCCAUCUCCGUCUUCAUCAAAGACUGGAUCCUCUACGCGGAGCAGGACAGCAACCAUUGCUUCAUCUCCACCGUGGAAUGCAAGGCUGUCAUGGUUUUCUUCCACUACUGCGUCGUGUCCAACUACUUCUGGCUGUUCAUCGAGGGCCUGUACCUCUUCACCCUGCUGGUGGAGACCUUCUUCCCCGAGAGGCGAUACUUCUACUGGUACACCAUUAUUGGCUGGGGAACCCCGACCGUGUGUGUGUCGGUGUGGGCUGUGCUCAGGCUCUACUUUGAUGACACCGGCUGCUGGGACAUGAAUGACAACACAGCUCUGUGGUGGGUGAUCAAAGGCCCUGUGGUUGGCUCCAUAAUGGUUAACUUUGUGCUCUUCAUCGGCAUCAUCGUCAUCCUUGUGCAGAAACUUCAGUCUCCAGACAUGGGAGGCAAUGAGUCCAGCAUCUACUUAACAAAUUUAAGACUGGGAGUCCCCAAGAAAGCCCAAGAGGACCCCCUGCCUGUGCCCUCAGACCAUCAUUCACUCCCUUUCCUCAGCUGCGUGCAGAAAUGCUACUGCAAGCCACAGCGGGCUCAGCAGCACUCUUGCAAGAUGUCAGAACUGUCCACCAUUACUCUACGGCUAGCCCGGUCCACCCUGCUACUCAUCCCGCUGUUUGGAAUCCACUACACGGUGUUCGCCUUCUCCCCAGAGAAUGUCAGCAAGAGGGAGAGACUCGUGUUUGAGCUGGGGCUGGGCUCCUUCCAGGGCUUUGUGGUGGCUGUGCUCUACUGUUUUCUGAAUGGAGAGGUGCAGGCGGAGAUCAAGCGGAAGUGGCGGAGCUGGAAGGUGAACCGCUACUUCACCAUGGACUUCAAGCACCGACACCCAUCCCUGGCCAGCAGUGGGGUGAACGGGGGCACCCAGCUCUCCAUCCUGAGCAAGAGCAGCUCCCAGAUCCGCAUGUCCAGCCUCCCAGCUGACAACCUGGCCACCUGAGCCCCCCUCCUGCUCCUCUCCUCCAUACACAGGUUGGGGCUGCAGGCGGGCACCAGCCCACGCAUGCUGUGCCUUUUCUCUCCCUUUGGGCAGGCCCUGGGCUGGCAGCUGGGCUCCCCGAGGGGGGAGAAGGGUGCAGGGUGCUGGUCCCACCCACCGUGGGCCCCUGGGCCCUGACCCCAGACGUGUAAAUACUCCUCAAAUUUGGAAAAGUGAUCCCAUCUCUACCCUUUGCCCAGUGUCCCUGCUCACCUGGUGCAGGUCCCCAGCUCUACCCAGCCCUGUCUCCACCAGCCUCAGAGAUUGCCUGACCCUGUGUGUGAGGCCUUGUGAGCUGAGGCUGAUCACCUUGCUUUGGGGGGUUUGGGGUGGCGCCUGCCUGACAGCCCCCUGCAGUGUCUGACUCUCCAUGUGGACUCCUUGAGUCUGCUUGCCACCCUGGGGCCCUUCUCAGGCCCGGCCCAGUCCCUGAGGCCUGCCAGAGGUCCAGCUUGGAUGGCCAUUGUCCUUCAGUGCAGGCCAGACCUGAGGCUCCCUCAUGCUCCCUCAACAUCUUGGUGUCCAGGUGCCCAGCUUCUGGGUGUCAGGGCGCUGGGACAGCUCUGGGGCUCUUCCAGUCAGAGACUUCAGUUUGAGUGUGGGGCUAUGGGUCAGGGAAAGUUCUGGUGCUUUUUAUUUGGCCCAAGAAAAAUGACUAACAGCCAGAAACGUGAAUGCGGUUGGAAAGGAGAUGGGAAGAGUUUGGGAGGUCCCGUGCAAGAAGACCCUCACCAUCCCAAUCAUUUUACCCCUCACUCAAGGUGGGUGGGGUUCAUAUGGGAGCCUUUCUUCUGCCUCUCCGACCCUCAGGCAUCAGCUGCAGAAGGUGAGAGAUGGAUGCCCCAGAGAAACUGCUCCCCAACCAUGCGUACCACAUGGAGCCCCUAACCCUCCUCCUCCCCAUUGCCCUUAAGUCAAAGCCAUGACUCAGAUGAACCAGCCACCUUCCUGUGAUGUCAGUGAAUGCUGAACCACCUUAAACCUCCAUGUGCCCAAGUCCAGGGCCCAGGGCUCGCCCUCACCCCCGAUCCCCAUGGACGAUGAGGAGCCCCAGCCACCAGCUCGUGAAAUCUCUUGAAGACCUCUGCAAAGACUUCCCUCUGUGUGCUCUUGACAUUGAAUCACCAUGGAUGCUAGGGUGUCCUGGGGUGUUGGGAGAGGAAGCCGUGCCCACCAUGCCCGUUAGCAGAAGCCGCUGAUGGGAGCAGUGACUGCACCCCACACCUAUCCUGGCUCCACAGCGCAAGUUGCAGGACCACAAACUCAGAAUUUAAAAUGGGGCAGAGCCAGGUUAGGGAAAGGUGGAGAGAAGUGCUAGAGUGCCAUGGCCCAUGUGUGGGGCCCACUUCAUUCCCUGUCAGCUUUCAGUGUUCCUGUCCAAGUGUUUUUGUAGACUCGUCUCAUGAUCAUGUUCUGGAAUUCCUGGGGAGUUUGGGUCAAGGGGUAGUGUUGCUUUGCUUGGUUUUAUGAAGAGGAAGGGCCUGGGGCGUUUGGGGGAACUGUUUCUGGAGAGGCCUUCCAAGUGGCCGGAGAAGGGCUUAGUUGCUUGGUUCAGAGCCCUGUGUCCUUGGCCACUGAAGCACUGUGGAUCUUGGGUCUUUGGCAAAGCCAGAGGGAGGAAGGGAGCUCUUCCCCAGGGGUGUUUGGUGACUCAGGCUGGCCAUGGCCCUUCCAUCCUGCACCUGGCCUUGUGAUACCCCUUGUCCUGUUUGGGAGCCAUGGGUUACCAAUGUGCUGGGCAACUUGCAUUUUGGACACCGCUGGGGAGCCUGAGUGGCUUGGAAGGAACCAUGGGCUGGGAUUCAGAAAUGUGGAAUCUGCCUUGUCAGGCUCAGACUGCUGACACUGUGUACACAGUGCUCCCUGUUCUGGGCCUCAGUUUCCCCAUUCGUGAGAUGAGGCGACUUGUAAUGCUUCUGUAGGCUCACUCCUUCAGUAAUUCUCCAGUUCAAGAUGAAGGCAGGGAACAGGACAUGCAUUCUUGUUAUGUGGACCAUAUAAGGUUUGGAAGUGCAUAUGUUUGUGCAUGUGAGGAGGGAGGGGGAAUGCUGUUUAUUUUCCCUUUCUUAGAAAUGGGACUUCUGUCUCUUCCAUUUGGACACCAUGGUGGAAGCUGCUGGGCUGGAGGGAAGGAUCAGGCUGGGGACAAUUGGACAGGUGCCUUGGACAUGAGGUGCAGAGCCAGCCAUGUCUCUAGCCAGGACAGGGUGCCAUGACUGGGUGGGCAGUGGCCACGCCCAGAUCCUAGGAACUGUCCCGAGUGCUGUGGGCCCCGCUUCCUCAUUCUCGACCCCACCAGCAGGUCUGCUUCACUGUGAAGAAGAGGCUUUGACUUUAUACAUACAUCAUCACAAAACAGCAAAAACAAAACCAUCCCCCAGCUCCGUGUGCUAUGCUGCCGCCUGAGCCCUGGAUCCGCUGCCUCAUAGAGCUUCCAGGUUCCUGGCGGUUUGUGGGUUUGUUUUUCUCUCUGAACAGAUUAUUGGCAGUCUUGUGAGCAGAUGUAUCCGAUGUGUUCUGAAGGUCCCAGGAGGUUAGGCAGCUGGCCUUCAGGGCCACAGGCAGUGGAGAGAUAGCAGGAGGUCUGGGCAGAACCCUUCCAUCGCUGACCCUUUGUUUUCAAAUCUGUAAAAUGGGCAGUAAGACUAGGUGAAUUGUAUAGCCCAUAGCAUCUCUGGACUUCUCUGUCUAAACACCAGCCAUCUACUGGGAAUGGGCCUCGGGCAAGGAUCGUGGGAUUUGGAGCAGGAAAGGAUAAAUCGUGUCGCGUGAGGAGGGCUCGAGGGCCUUGGGAGUGGUUAGGCUGGAGAGGAGCAGAGCUGUCCGACUCCAUGUCUGUAGGAGAUCGCUACCAGGAAGGGGGUUAUUCUUGUUCUAUGCAAUCCUAAAGGACUGAACUCGCCCGGGGGAGGCUGAGUGCUCCUUGGGAUGAAGAAAUCUCUCAUCCUCUGUCACGACUGUCCCACUAUGGAACAGGCAGUGUCAAGAUAGAGUCUCCAGCCCUGGGGGAAAUGGGACUCAGUGAUGCUGAGGCUGUCAGGGAGCCUGUGAGGGGUCAGAGAUUGGGAUUCAGGCUUUCAGUGGCUUUCUGGUUGUACCCAGCACUACGGGCGUCAUGGCUCUCCAUCAUGCCUGAGGCCAGGCCACAUUCUCUGUCUCAGUGGGCAGCUCUGUGACCCUCCUUGACACCUGCGCUGGUCUGCAGUGAUUCCUUCUCUAACCCGCACCCCUCCCCAAACCGGCUUCUCUGGGGAAUGGGGCCAGGGAGCUGGAGCCGGGACCAAGGCUUGAGUCCAUCAUCACCCACUGAGGGCACUGGCUCACCUCAUUCAUCUGACCGUUUCCCUUCCUGGAAGGAAAGCUGGAAGAGGCUCUCUUUGUAACUCUGAGUACCCUUGACCCCCUCAAGGCCACUCCAAAGUGAAAGCAGUGAGUGCUUUGUCAUCAUAAACUCCUACCUGAGCCCAGUGACCGUGGAACCCUGCUGGAGGACCCUGAGCAGGGACCGGGGGACCUGGGCUUCUCCCAGCUUUGCCGGAUCUACUGCUUGGCCUUGACACCUUCCCCCUUUAUAUUUGGGAGACUCUCCAAGUCCUAGAGCUGGGAGGAGACUUGGAGAGCUCCCCAUUGGGCUGAUGAGAAAACACCCGGAGGUGGGCUUAGCUCGGCGCCUGCACCACGUUGGGAUCCAGUGCGCUUUACAACAUGAAAGAGGAAGUGGGCCCGCCACCAUGUGCCCAGCCCUGCACGUGAGCCAGAAGGAGACCCUCGAUCAAGCUUCCAUACAGAGAACAGACAGCCUGCGUGGGAGAGGGCUCUGGCCACAGAAGUCAUUAGGACUCCAGACUACAGAGGAGCAAUGGAGUGAGUGUAGCCUGGGUGACCUGCGUUCUGGCCUGGGCUUCACCACCUGCUCUCUGCUCCAAGGUGGAGCCUCUCUGGGCCUCUGCUUCCUGAUCUGAGAAGUGGGAGGACGUGAUUUGUGGUCUGCCCCACAGGCCAGGGGUGAGGCUGAAGCGAGAUGCCCUUUUGUGGGAAAGGGCUUUGGAAACUGCCCAGGUGUGGACUCGUUACUGGGGUGGAGGCCCCUGACAGGGACUCUGUGCUGUUUAUCAACUGCUUUGAGCCUUCCUGGGUUAACCUUUGCCCCAUUUGUAAAACCACCAGCACUGGGGGCGAGGGGGAGGCUAGGGGACUCUGAUGGAUGCAGAAUUCCAGGCUUAUCUCCGUCAGCUGAUUUGUUCUUGUGGUUGGGAUGGGGAUACUUCCACAUGGGUGAUGUCUGUUUCCAUGCCACCCCCAUGGGAAUCCUUCAAGGAUCUGGGACAUCCCUCAAGUGGGCCAUGUGGCCAUUCCUUCUCCUUUCCCUGACCUCGAGGUCCUGGGACAUAUCUGUGCUUGGCCGUGUGUGUCUUGUCUUAUGUCUGUCUUCUGUAGCUUUGCGCCUGUGAGGGCUGGAGUGGGGGAGCCCCUGGCAUCCCAGACAUGGCGCCAGGCUCACUUGUGGGAGCCAGGUCCGCCUGGGUUUCAUCUCCCACAAUAAAGAUAAGCCCCACAGACCUCACUGCUCCUGCUGCCCCAUUAAUGCUGUGCUCACAACCUUGUCCGGGGUUUCAAGGAUGUCAAACUGCUGUAGAUGACUCAAUAAAUGUCUUACCAUUUUUC